UCGUUGCCUGAAUCCCAUGUGCCUGUCUCGGAUGGCAGAUCAAGUCUUUCUAAGGGCCGAUGGCGGGACCGCGUUUUUGUCUUUUCAACCCGUGAUGGAUCCCCAAAGAUGCUGGCACCCCGACACCGAGUGCCGCUCCGUAGCGGUAUCUCGAGUUCAAGGCAUGUUGGGACCCAAUUUGCGCCUUCUCAGCAAGAUGAGAUUGCCUUUAAAGAUGGAGUGCUCUGACGGCUUUACGACAACAUGUCUCAUUCUUUUCCAAGUCAUUCUCUGCUUUGCCAGAACACAGCCAAAUUAGUAAUACUAUCACACAUAUCUUCACUUUCCCAGGUCCAAAAAAAAUGUCGGAGGAUUACGAAAAGGUGGAAACAACCGAUCGGGCAGCCACGGCCACCCCGACCGAGAAUCCUUCAUCCGAAUCAGCAAAGCAAGAGGCCGAGGAUGAGUCGCAGUACCCCCACGGGCUGAAGCUCGCCGUCAUCAUCCUUUCAAACAUGAUUGCCAUGUUCCUCGUCGCACUAGACCGCACAAUCAUCACAACGGCGAUUCCCCGAACCACAGACGACUUCAAGUCGCUCGGCGAUAUCAGCUGGUACGCCAGCGCCUAUCUCAUCACAAGCUCGGCCACACAACUACUAUGGGGUCGCAUCUUCACCUUUUACUCGACAAAAGUCGUGUACCUCGUCGCCAUAUUCUUCUUUGAGCUCGGCUCUCUUCUGUGUGGCGUCGCGCCCAACUCCGUGGCCUUCAUCAUCGGCCGGGCCAUCGCCGGAGCGGGAUCGGCGGGCAUAUACUCGGGCUCGACCAUUCUCAUCACGACCGUCACGUCUCUAUCCAAGCGCGCGGGUUAUGUCAGCAUGAUGGGUGCCGUCUUUGGAAUUGCCUCAGUGAUUGCACCACUUAUCGGAGGAGCGUUCACCGAUCGCGUCACCUGGAGAUGGUGCUUUUACAUCAAUCUUCCUGUGGGAGCAGCGGCCGUAGCCGCUCUGCUUUUCCUCUUCCCGAGCUUCGCCGCAAAGGAGCCUACCCCGAUCAAGCAGCAGAUCAAGCAACUUGACCCUUUUGGUAAUCUUGUCUUCCUUCCUGGCGUCAUAUGCUUGAUUUUGGCGCUGCAAUGGGGCGGAGAAAAGUACCCAUGGAACGAGGGUCGAAUCAUCGCCCUCCUGGUCCUUGCCUGUGUGCUUCUCAUCAUCUUUGUUGCCAUUCAAGUCUGGCAGCAGGAGAACGCCACCGUACCCCCCUCGCCUGUUCAAGCUGCGGAAUCGGUGCUCAUCAUUUUCCUGGUUGCCUUGCCGAUCUGGUUCCAGGGCAUUCGCGGCACAGAUGCCGUCACUUCUGGCAUCGACACACUUCCCCUCGUUCUGUCUCUCGUCUUUGGCGCCAUCGUAUCAGGAGGCGUCAUCAACGGCAUUGGCUGGUUCAACCCAGUCUUUUUCUCAUCUGACCCUACGGUUCGAACCAAAUUCCCUGUGAAAGGAAUACCAAUAGUCAUCUUCAUGGCCGUCGGCGGCGGUCUCAUCUCCACCUUUGUCGGGGAUACCCCAACACGCACCUGGAUUGGAUACCAGAUUAUUCUUGGACUGGGCAUCGGUCAAGGCAUGCAACUAGCUAGCCUAGGAGCUCAAGUAGCCCUCGCGCAGAGGGAUGUUCCCAUCGGCGUGUCGCUCAUGUUGUUUGCCCAGUCCCUCGGGGGCUCUGUCCUGGUCUGCGUUGCCCAAGCCGUCUUCAACAACGAGCUGAGAUCAAGACUUGGCAACUUCUCGGGUCUCGAUGUCGAUCGGGUGAUUGGUGCUGGUGCUACUCAGCUGCGCAACUUCCUUACUCCUGAUAUUCUUGGAAAUGUCUUGGUCGAAUAUAACGCGGCGCUACGGAGAUACUUCUACGUGGGACUUGCAGCUGCUUGCUUCGCAAUACUCCCUUCAUUGGGAGUUGAAUGGAAGAAUGUUAAGGGAAAGGAAUUUGUACAUUAG